AUCUGGCUGGUCAGGUGGAGAUGAGGCUUAUCAAUGGUACAGCAGAUAAAAUCUGCCAUGAGAGCACGAGUGUGUGGCCACAAACACCUCUCUUAUCCUCAUAUCUCUACAACUACAAAGUACCUAUACCCUCCCCAUACCAAUUCACUCCUCUCUCUCUCUCUCUCUCUCUCUCUUCCUAACUCACUCACUACCAAUGGCAGCCAUUACAGUAGCGAUCUCCAGCGUAAAGACAGAAUGCGCAAAGGCGGCGGUGGCAAAGGCAGCGCCGCCGCACAGCCCUCUGAGCAGAGGGGCUAGGGGGAAAAUGGUGAAGGUGCGCGCUUCGAUGAGGGAAAAUGUGAUGAAGAUGGCGGCGACAUCGGCGGCGAGCGUGGCCAUAGCGGGGAGCGCUCUGGUCGGUCCGGCGGCGGCAAUGGAGGUGCUGCUGGGCGGCAACGGUGGCGAGCUUGAGUUCGUGCCGAAUGAAUUCUCGGUGCCGGCAGGGGAGACCAUCAUUUUCAAGAACAACGCGGGAUUUCCCCACAAUGUGAUCUUUCUUGAGGAUGAAGUGCCCUCCGGCGUUGAUGCCGGCACCAUUUCCAUGCUGGAAGAAGAUUUGCUGAAUGCCCCUGGCCAGACCUACAAAGUAACCCUUGACAAGAAGGGCACCUACAAAUUCUACUGCGGGCCUCACGAGGGAGCCGGCAUGAGAGGAACAGUUACUGUCAAUUGAUUCUUCCGAUUCUCAAUUAGGGCUCCUGUUCCUGUUCCUGUUUCUGUUCCUCUUCCUCUUGCUUACUGUUUAAAUGUGAGGGUUUUGUAUGGCACUGACUCUGUAAAAUGUUUUCACUUUCACUUCUGAUUUGCUCGGGUUUUAAAAGGUUAGCGGGCAAUUUAUUAUGAUUAUUAGUGUUAUCGUUUCCUUUUUCAAGUCUUCUAAAUCUAAUGCUAUAACGUUGAUAAAGAGUUCUUCAAGCA